GUUCAGCCUGUUUUCUGGUACAAUUUUUUUUUAACGUGUAUAAGGAAGCUAUGGUUUGAAAGACAAGUUCACUAAGCAGUUUUACGACAGCAUUGUAGCUGUCUGGGUUUUCCCAUGUUCACACAACCUUCAAGGGGAACAACUGUGAACUCCACUCUGAAACAAAGUGUUUAUUCUUGGCUGUACCACUGCCUGACCAUGAGGUAUCUUAACUUUAGCGUUAAUCAGACUUCUGAGUCUGAUUUUCUCAUAACCAAUGGUACUGUGGGCUACAAACAGGUAGGCGCUGCUGUAUUUCUAAGCAUGUGCUGCUUGGUUGGAUUGCCCAGCAACAUUGCAGUUAUCAUCACCAUCGCUCGUCAAUGGAACAGACGUAUGAGUUUCACUUUGAAGCUAAUGCUAAACCUGGCUAUAUCUGAUUCUUUGGUUCUCACUCUGGCUCCUUUUGGAGUUUCUGGUUUGCUGUAUGGAUGGACUUUUGGCCUUUGGUCAUGCAAGAUUCUGAUGUAUCUAGUCUACUGUGCUAUGUAUGCUAGUGUGUUGACUGUGACUUUGAUGGCUGCACAUCACUACCACACAAUUAAGUCAAAAGUUGCUGAUCUCAGUGCACUGGAAAGACUGCAGAAGGUGCGUAGACACUUACUGUUAAUUGGGCUCUGGAGUUUAGCCACAGUUUUUGCCUUGCCCAUUCUUUUCAUUCAAAAUGUUCAGUUCAAGAGGGGAUCUUCAAGGUGCCAGAGGACCAUAACAUCACACUCUGGAAAGGUUACAGUUCUUGUGUUAGAGGUCCUGUUUGGAUAUGUCCUCCCUUUCACCAUUAUAGCAGCAUCUUACUGCUGGAUCUGCAAGACACAACUACAAGGAGGGAAAAAUAUUAGGGAAAGGAGGCAGAGAAUGAGAAGGCUUGUAAUCAGUAUUGUCACAGCCUUCUUUCUUUUCUGGACACCUGUACAUGUCAUCAACAUGAUUGACAUUGCUACUACUCUAACUAAGGCAUCAUCUCCAGCUGUCUAUACUCAGCUGAAAUUGAUUCGCAGAGCAACCGGAGAUUUGAGCAAAACUGUCUGUGUACUUAACUGCUGUGUGAACCCUUUUCUGUAUGCAAUUGCAUCAGGGAUCUUCAGGAAAAAGAGGCAUCACCAAGAAACAGAAAACAACACAGACAUUACUGUAACAAAUUGAGUAUAAAUAAGUAUAAAUGUUUUUCAUAAUAAUCUUGAAAUACUGUUGGAAGAUAUUGUGCUGUUACAUUCUGUUUGGAUUUAAUGCAUAGACCUUUAAAGUUACAGUUACAUAACAGGCUUAUUGUUUAUAAUCUACUGUAUGUUCUUAUCUGUUAUCCUGUUAGGGUUAUCCAUCAUGUUACUGAGACUGUAUUUUCACCUUGCAAAAUAUUGGAUGUGUAUUACCACAUGAUGAAUAAAUGUAAUAAUAUCAUUAGUGUAGUAUUUCUUUAUUCUUCUUAAACUGCUGUGUUGUAUUUUAUUGCUUUGUGAAGCACACUGAAAGCUGUUAUAUUGCAUUUGGUGACUCCUGUUUGCCUGAUAUUGUGUAUAUGUAGUGGAUUGUAUUACUUUUAGACUGAGACUCAUUUGUGAUUCUAUAUCUAGGUUUGUGUUCAUAUUAAAUGGUGUUUAUGCUAUUUUAUUUUAUG